AGGAUCUGCACACUGCUAAGGAGCAGCCAGGCAGCUGGAGCCCCUCCCGGCCGGGGCUAUGGGGGCGCAAGUCGGGCUCUUCUCUCUGCUUCUCGGGGGCAUCUGUGCCCAGCUGGGGGUGAUGGUGGACUCCCCAGUGGUGGCUCAGCUGGGAUCCCAGGCUCUCCUCCCAUGCACCUUCACCGUGGCGGACGCCCCCAUCAGCCCAGAGUACCUGGCUGUGCUCUGGUAUUUCCAGGGCCAGGAGCUGGUGUCGUACGAUGACUCCCUCUUCGUCUCCCGGCCGGGGGCCUCCAUGGACACGGAGCAGCUCGCCAAUGGCAACGCCUCUCUGGUUCUGCGCAAUGUGACCGUGCCGGACCAGGGAGCCUACCAGUGCCUCCACAGCCCGGACAGAAGGGAGCAGAGGCUGCACCUGGCUGUGCUGCGUCAGUGCUGGCGAGAGAGCGGGGUGACCAGCGCGGGAACUGGCUCAGCAGCCGGCCCCUCUGCUCUGGGCACGGCCCCUACCGUGCGUGUCGCUGGGGCUGGGCAGGGUGUUUUGGGGAUAGAUGGGCACAAAAGGGGGCAAGGGGUUUCCUUAAAUUCCUGGCAUGUGACUUGGCAGGAGCUGGUGCCUCCAGGGGGCUGUUUGCCCUGGCGUUCCUGUUCAUAGUUGGGCAGCUCUGGCUGUCGCCGGGGGAGGAACCACGCAGCUGAGCAGGGGGAUGCUUGGGAGGCCCCCAACCCCCACCCCCUGGGCUCUCCCUGCUGAUGCCAUCUGGUUCCCCGCAGCCAUGCCCACCGUUGCCGUCCCCAGUAAAGCGGUGCUGAGGGUGGAGCAGAACUUGCUGAAAUGCUCCGUGUCCGGCUUCCACCCAGCCAACAUCGUGGUGACCUGGCUGAGGGCUGGGGAGGUCCUGCCGGUGUCCCUGCUCCCCGUGCCCAGAGGAACCCGGACAAUACCUUCAACGUCAGCAGCUCUCUGACCUUCCAGCCCAUGGAGCAGGAUCAGGGUGUCACCUUCUCCUGCCGGGUCCAGCACGACGCUCUGCCGCACGGCGCUCUGCAGACAGACUUUCUGCUCGUGUUCGGAGUCUCCCCCGUGGUGAACAUUCACGCCCCCACGUUUGUGCAAGGCAAGGCCCAGGUGUUAACGUGCGAUGUGCAGGGCUUUUACCCAGAAGCCAUCGCUGUUAACUGGCUCCUCAAUGGCGUCCGGACAGAACGUGACACACCGUGGGGUGACAUCAGCAGCGUUAGCAUGGAGAUGCUCUCUCCCACAUGGUCCCCACAACCCUCCCAAAAGCACCUGCUCAUAACCAGAGAUCACCGCUCGCCCCAUCCCCACAAGGGCCCUGCUCCA